GCUUAAAUGAUUUAUGUGCUUAAUUCUUGGCACGUUAGAUGAUUAGAAAGCAUGAUUCUAACAAUUGUCACUUAAUUCUUUCUCUACUUCAUCUGACCUUCUCUAAUUGUGCUUGGCACAUUAGCAGUUAAUGUAAUAUAUUUGCAACCUCAAUUCUUUUCCAUACGCCUUUGUGUUUAAGGUUCACCAUUAGGGAAGCAAAGCACAAUUAGAUUGAGGGAGCAUAGUGAUUCUGGUUCUUCCAUUCCUGCGAGUUAAAGACUGAGAAUGGUUAGAGAAGUUUCAGAGAGUUGUUUGGAUAGCCUGUUGACGGAAGUGGUUUCGUGCUAUUGCAACCGAUUCUACCCUAAUAAGCAUGAUCUUGCUGCUCGCAGGAUCGAGGCUAUUGGAUACCAGGUUGGUCACCAGCUCUCUGAAAGGUACACCAUGGAGCGGCCACGAUUCAAUGAUCAUCUGGAAGCCAUCAAGUUCAUUUGCAAGGAUUUUUGGCUUGAGCUCUUUAAGAAGCAUGUAGACAACUUGAGGACAAACCAUAGGGGUACCUUUGUAUUGCAAGAUAAUAAAUUUUGCUGGCUUGCACGCAUGUCAAUUGAUCCAUUUGCUGAUAGUGGUAAGUCACCCGAAGAUAUUACCUCUCCUACAGCUGGAAACAAGGCAACACAUGCAAUGAAGAUGCAUCUUUAUUUCUCGUGUGGCAUCCUUAGGGGAUUUCUUUCAAACUUGGGAAUUCUUUGUGCAGUUUCUGCAGAUAUAUUAACCCUUCCAACAUGUGCGUACUUCUCUCUCUCACACACAUAUACAGAGAUAACCUUGUGCAUUUAUCAUCCGUAUUAAAGCUUGAUGAGUUCACAGUUAUGUUAAUGAUGGAAGUGAGAGCUUACAGUAUCUGCAAGUUCCUUUGCGGGAGUAAGGAUAUUUAUUUGCCAUCUUUGUAUUAUCAAAUAUUGGAUUUGUUGAACAGGAUGGGGUGUUGAGUAACAUUUUAGGAAGAUUGCAUGUAAUUUU